AAUUCUGUCUCGUGGUUGUCUGUGUUGUUUUUAUUUUGGUUAAUAUAUCUGUUCAAAUUGCGUGAACAUUGUUUAAAUUACAAAAUAAUUAAUGAAAUUGAUGGAUAACUGAAAAAUAAAUUCUUUAAAAAUGGCUAUGAGAAGACCGCGUAUAAAGCCAGUGGCAAAUAUACUAUUAAAUUCCAAGCGUAAAGCAAAGUCAGCAAAUGAUGUAAAAACAGUUAAAACUAGUGAAAGUGAUGUAAAUGAGGGGCAGGAAGUUGUAAAACAAGUGAAUGUUCCAACAAUUGAAGAAAGUGCAAAGGAAAAGAACGUAGAAGUUUCCAAUAAUAUUGAGAAACCAUUAGAGGUUAGAGUGGACACGACAGCAAAUGAAAAUAACCUAAUCAGAGAUACGGAGCAAAAUCAAACAAAUGAAAUACCACAGAAUACGGAGCAGCUGACUAAUGGUAAUGAUAAUGACAACGAACACGUUAAUAUAACAAAAGCUUCAGAAGUUGUUGCAAACAACAACGAACCAAAAGAGCAUUUAAAUAAAACCCACGAAGAAGCUCCAGAGACAUUAAAUGAUUCUGAAGCUUUUAAGUGUCCACCAAAAGUGGGACUUCAACGAGCUAUAAGUCAUACUUCCAACAGUGGAGUAGAUGAUGUGUUCUAUUCAGAUAUAGAAGAAAAUGCUUUACAAAUGGAUUUAGAAAAAUCACCAUCUUUAAAUGGUUGCCCAAUGUCUCCUUCAAAAAAUUUGACCAGACAACGAAUACGUCCUACACCACAUUUUGGCCAAAGGCGCAAUAGUUUUGUAGGUACCUCUCCCUCUCCUCAUAACUCGGGAAAUGAAGACAAUCACCCUGUUGGAAGCAAUGUUAACAAUGAUUUUGUGCACCCUUCUCCAACAAGACGUGAAAGACAUUACUCUGCCUCUUUAACAUCACAUCCACACUAUCAUCAUACACCACAUAAAUAUUUACCUGCGGGUAUAACAAACAGUAGCAUGGGACGCAUACGUACAGAAUCUGGCUGUUCGGUAUUUUCGGACACCAACACUUCCUCGCACAAGUCUCGUAAAACAGAGGACAACAAACAGAAUUCUCGUAAAGAUUUUGAGGCUCGCUUUCAUAAUGGUGUACCAGAAAAGUCUGCCAUAAAAAUGUCUGAUUUGAUAUAUUAUAAUCCAGCCACCAAUCCAAUGGAACAAAAACCCAAUCCCAGUGUAAAACUAGAACAAUCCGAAACUUCAGCUAGUGAUGUUAAACCGUUUGCUGAAAAACUAGAAAAAGAUACAGACAAUUCUGCUGAGGGUGAAGCUGUACCAGUGCCACAAUUAAAACUCAAUGCCAAAGGAGAACUUAUACUCGAUGAUAAAUCAUUAGUUAUUGAAACCACUGCCGAACAGGAAGCACGUAAAGUAUUAGCCAACUCUUCUUUGAUAUAUCUAGAUGAGAAUACCGGCAUGAAUGGUUUCUAUUCGAGGCAAAAACGUACACGGGAAUGGUUGCCCGCCGAAACUAUAAAAUUCUAUCGUUGUCUACAGAAUGUUGGCACCGACUUUUCACUAAUGGUCUCUUUAUUUCCUAAUCGUACACGACGUGAUUUGAAAUUAAAAUUCAAAAAGGAGGAGCGUAAAAAUUGUAAUCUUAUUAAUAAAGCUUUAUUGUAUCCCAAACAAUUUGAUCUGGAAUCGUUGAAACAACAAAUCGAUGAAGAGGAAAAGAUGCGGGAAGAGCAGGCUAAGAAAGCUAAGGCUACUAAGGAGAAAAAGGAAACGAAAAAGAGAAAAAUUUUUACACAAAGCAUAGCAAAUCGUGUAUUAUUAAACGAAGAUAUUUAUCAAAAUGAAAAUGAACAAGAACAAAAACCAAAAAGAGUACGAAAAACUAAGGAUAAACUUGAGAAAUCAGGACAAAACGAACAGAAUGACACCACCAAUGGUCAAGAGCCCAUAGAACUAAAUAGCCAGGCAAUCAAUCCAAAUGAAACCGAACAAAAGCCCAAGCAAAAAAGAGCAUAUACAAAAACUAAAAAGACUACCCCGAACAAUGAAGAUGUAGUAGUUGAAAAUAACAAUGGAGAAAUAGAAAGUAAUGAUAGCUUAAAAGUGGAUAAAGUGAUACGACGGCGAAGGCGAACCCCCAAUAAAACACAAAAAGAAGAAAUUAUUAUAAUAAAAGAAGAAAUAAUUAAAAUCGAAAAUAAACAAGAAUCUAACUCAGCACCAGCGUCUGUUCCCAUAGAGUAUCACGACACCAAACAGUUGCAAACGGAAAUUGAUGAAUUAUUAGAUUCAGAUGCAGUAGAUGUACCAUAUGGUGGUGUUGGUGCCAAUACAUCCUAUGAAACUAUAACUGCCAACAAUUAUUCUGCCGCUUCACAAGUGGAUCAAUAUAAUGCACAUAUAAAUAACACACCAUCCGUAACGUAUGCCACAAAUUAUGAGGAGAAUUAUUGUGAAACGGAAACGGAUAUUAAUAAAUAUGAACAUAGAACUUUUGUUAACUUAGAUGAUGGCUCUGUUAAUGUUUAUAGUAAAAUCAAAGAUGAUGCUACUUUUAUAACGCCACCAACAACCACACCAUUACCAUCACCUAACCCCACUCGAUCUCAAACACCAACCUCAACACUUUCUCCACCAUCACCGCCGCAAAUACUACCAGAUCAGAUUAACUAUGAAAAUAAUUCAUUAGAAUCAGAAACAGAAACAACUGUAACUCCAAUGAUAAAUCCUGAUCCAGAGAUUAUUAACAAUGAUACUUGUUCAUCUGUGAUAUCCGAACGUGAAUUAAAUGAAGAAGAUAUACAAUCAAUUCUAACGGAAUUAGCUGAAGGCUCAUUAGUUUUAGUUUCCUCUUUAGAUCCUGAUGACCCCGAUAAAGUUUUAAAUGAAAUCUAUAUGGUGGAUAAAAAUACGGGUGAAUUGUGUGAAGAACCUUUAAAUAUACCCGAUAAUAUUGUGCAGUGUAUUUUAACUGUGAUCAGUUAAAAGUUUUCUUUUUAUGUACAUUUUUAAUGUUUUGGUAUUUACUUUUAAGAGCAUUUCUUUUUACAAAUUCAUUGAUUAGAUAUUCAUAGACUCAUACAUAUACUCGUAGUACUAUUAUUAUUAGUUUUUUUUUCUUCUUUGUUUUGAAUUGUUAUUUUUUUCUUUUUUGAAAAGGUGGUUUCUUUUCUGUUAAUACUUGAAGCUGAUUUGACUAAAACUAAUUCGAAAAUAAGUUAUUUUUCUAUAACAAAUUUUCAAAAAAAAACUUUGGCAGGGAAUUUAUAUUUUUAUUUUAAAUUUUUUUUUACGAAAUCAUAAAUGUUUAGUUUUUUUUUCCUAUAGAGAAUUGAAACCUCCUUUUUUCGACAUUUACUCACAUACUUUAGUUUAAAAGUAUUGCUUUCCUUAUAAAAAUGAUAUAUUACUUUUAUCAUUUUAUUGUCUUUUAUAAACAUUGGCCAUAUAAAAAGAAAAUCUUAAUAGAUCAAACCUUUUGUUAAUUGUUAAAUUAUAUUUAUUGCUUUGUUAUAAAUAAUUUCAUUUCAUUAUUUACUUAUAAGAAUAAAAAAAAUAAA